AUGGGUGAAAUUGAAGAGCCGGUGCGAAAAAGCACACCUCCACCUCCAUAUAGCCCUGAAAGGCCACCACCACCCUAUUCAAAGAUGAUUAAUGUAAACUUAGGCGAUUUAAAUGUAAACGAAAUCAUAGAAAAAGAAGAGAUGAAUUGUAAUACACCUCAUCUUCCAUGUACACCAUUUUCAAGUGGAUCCGUUACCUCUACUGUUCAUCCGCGACUGAUUUCAGCCCCAACUACUGUUAUUAGCAGUUUAGAAGGUGUCAAUCCAGCUUCCGGACAAAGCAAUGCGUCAUUUGCAGUUGCAAAUUAUAUCGUUAAGAAGGCAACAACCGCGGAGCCACAUGACGAAUUUUGCCCAAAAUGUCAGAUACGUAUUUACCUAUUAUCUUUAGCUGAUCAGAUUGUAUUUCAGAGUUAA